AUGGACUCUCUGGGCGGUCCGUUCCCCUCCACCACCCACCGAUGCCACCACAAGCCCAAGCGCUGCCUGCCCAUCCAGCAGUGUGGCGUUGUGGGCGGGGGCCAGAGGAGAGGCCUGGCCAUAAGUCCCUUGCUCUUCCACCCGAACACCAAGGGCUCCCAGAUCGCCAUGGACCUGGCCCAGAGGACCGUCAAGAGGCAGGCCAGCUUCUGUAACGCCAUCACCUUCAGCAACAGACCUGUAGCGUUGUACGAGCAGGUCCGGAUCAAGAUCACUAAGAAGCAGUGUUGCUGGAGCGGAGCUCUCCGUCUGGGCUUCACGGCUAAAGACCCGUCCCGUAUCAACCCAGAAAGCCUGCCCAAGUAUGCCUGUCCUGACCUGGUCUCCCAGAGUGGCUUCUGGGCCAAGGCAUUACCUGAGGAGUUUGCCAACGAAGGGAACGUCAUCGCCUUCUGGGUGGACAAGAAGGGCCGGGUCUUCUAUAGAAUCAAUGAGUCCAACCCGAUGUUGUUCUUCAGUGGGGUGAGAACAGGAGAACCGCUGUGGGCACUGAUAGAUGUCUAUGGGUUGACCCGUGGAGUGCAACUGCUAGAGAGUGAGAUCGUCCCUCCCGACUUCCUCCGUCCCCGCUCCUUCACCACCGUACGCUCCUCCUCUCUCCGCCGCGAGGCAGAUGAAUCCCGCCUCUCUGUCAGCCUCUGUGAUCUCAACCUGCAGGAAGCGGACGGCUCUGGCCCAGCCCACCCACAUAACCACGCCCAUCUCCACCUGGCCCCUCCCUCCGCCUCCUGCCCCAUCCCCCAGAACUCCCUCAACACCCAGCAGUCCUCUGUCCUCCCACACUCCCUCGAAAGCGACCUCCAUUUCCACGCCCUGCGCGGUGCCCACAUCAAGAUGCUCGACGAGCAGACGGUGGCGAGAUCUGAGCACGCCAGAGAGGAGCGAACACUCGUCUUCACUGACCGGCCACUGCGUACCGGCGAGACCGUGUUUAUCAAGGUGACCAAGUCGAGCCCGGCUAGGUCGGGAUCGCUGUCCUACGGCGUGACAUCAUGCGACCCCGCCGUGCUGCGCCCUAGCGACCUGCCCUACAACCCGGAGGCCUUAGUCGACCGCAAGGAAUUCUGGGCUGUAUGCCGAGUGCCCACGCUGCUCCAGAGCAGUGAUAUACUGGGCUUCCUGGUCAACCAGGAAGGGGAGGUGAUCUUGAGCCACAAUGGCACCAACGCGGGGAUGCAAGUGUGUGUGGACAACGCCCGGCCCCUGUGGAUGUUCUUCGGUCUGCACGGAGCCGUCACUCAACUCAGGAUACUGGGUUCCACACAUCUCGGGGACCAGCCGGCGCGGGCUCCCUCUAUCCCCAGCUCUCCCUCCUCCUCCACCCACACCCCCAGCACCCUAGCCCUGGCCCUGGGUAGUGGAAGCUCCGACCCUGUCCUUAACGGAGGCCUGGGAGGCCCCUGCUCCGGUGCCUACUGUGGUGGCUCUGCGGGAGGAACGACCCCCAGCUCGCCCGUCAGCCUCCCCAAGUCGCCCACCUUCCCAUCAGGCAGCGGGAGAGGGCCCGGGUGGCCGACAGGCGAUGAGUGUUCCAUCUGCUAUGAGAACCACGUGGACACGGUCAUCUACGCCUGCGGUCACAUGUGUCUCUGCUACACCUGCGGCGUCAAACUCAAGAAGAUGUCCAACGCCUGCUGCCCCAUCUGCAGGAGACAAAUCAAAGACAUCAUUAAGACCUACCGUAGCACGUAGGGGGCCUUUGAAGCUAAGGGCCUUGAAACUGAGGGCCACAGGCAUAAGUUAAUGGGGAGAGGAGGAAGACGUUGGGGAAAGACUUUGAUAAACUUUUAAGAUCAGGGAAAUGGACAAUGGACAGUUCACUCUGGUACUUUUGUGUGAUGGAUAUUGAGGAAGAAUCUUGGUUUUUGUUUCAAAUACCCAUUUUUUGUUGGCUGGUACAGUUAGUAGACCUGCACUGCAAAGGUCUCUUACAUUUCCACUUUCCCUCUCUGACGCAGUGUGUGACGGCUUUUGAAGUGGCAGGUUUGCAACCGCGGCGAGAACUUCCUCUCUCAACUAGAAGUUUUCAUUCUUCUUACUCUCCAAGGAUUCAGGAAGUUUCAGACUUUGAGGAAAGAGAAGACGUGAAAAUACUUUUUAUUUGGUUGUUUAAGCCACUUCCAGACGACUGCCGCUCGUUUGCUCGUUUGCAUGGAAGCAAACCAGGUGGUUUCAAUUCAACGUUUUUGGUCUUGAGAUGAUCUAUUUAUGUUGAAGAGGAGAAGGACUGUUAAGUUCCAACAUUUGCUUCUUAACUUGACUCGACUUUGUCUGUAAAAAAAAAAGAUCCACAGAUAGUUUUUUAUUAACAUAACGUCUCAGUAUGGCACAACUUCUGUCUGUGUGUUACUUAGGCAAACUGCAGAGGAAAAGAGAGGACUUAUUUGUUGCUCAAGGGUUGUGACCGGAAAGGGAUGCAUUUCUGUAGUAGUCAUAGGAUUCAUCAAUAGGAAGAUGACUACAGUUGUAUAAGGUUGUGAAGUAUAGGGACGUAAGUAUAUGACGUGUGAAGGAGUGCUGUAUCACCUCUUGCUCCUAUACAGUAAGUCAU